AACGUUAAGGCGCAGACCACGGUCGGAUUCAUGCAUUCACUAGCGGGAUCGACGCGCCGGUACAGCCAAAGACAUGGAGCAAAACGUAUACGAUUCCAGAGGAGUUACCGUCGAUCUGUUCUUGUACGGGGACCAGGCUGAGCAUGGGCGGUAUACCAUCAAGCCUGGCACCUUCAUCAAGGUUCUCAACUGCCACGUGAAGGCGGUGAAUGCGACGCGGGAGGCGACAGAGGUUGCGGCGAGGGGCAUCAAGCUCGUUGACUUCAUGCUGCACGCCGGCAUCACUGCCGGCAGGAGAAUCACGUGCAUGUCUGCGGACAGCAGCGAAGCGCGAAAGCUCCAGCUGCAGAUAAAGGACUACACUCACAGCCACGGGCAGAACGACUUCUCUGCAGAACAGCCAGCAGGGCACUAG